GUUUUUUCGUGUGUCUCUUUUUUUUUUCAUUUUCUGUGUGUGGAGGAGAUGAUGCCAGUUUAUGGCCGUCAACCUGUGCAUGUACACAAAAUAUACACAAACUUCUCGUCUGUGUGAGUGGCGCACAAGUCAAUUGACCUCCUCUGUAUCAUGGCGGCGCCACAUGACCCGAAGCGCGUAAUUUACCUGGAGGACGACGCUGCGUACGACAAGUCGCAGUUCCUCAUCCCGCACCACUACCUGGACAGUGUCGAGUCGGUGCUGAUCCCCAAGGGCCUGAUCGAGGACCGCGUCGAGAAGUUGGCGCAGGAUAUUCGCUACGCCUACGAGGGCAAAACCGUGCACCUUCUGUGUGUGCUAAAGGGCGGCAGCGCCUUCUUCCACGCUCUCGUCGAGAAGCUCCGGUUGUUCCACAAGUACAACAAGUGCGACUACGUGCCCUUCACCUUCGACUUUAUCCGAGUCAAGAGCUACGAAGGCACCAAAAGCACGGGCAACGUGCAGGUUUCCGGCGCCGAUUUGGCCAAAUUUAAGGGCAAAAACCUGCUUCUGGUCGAGGAUAUCAUUGAUACGGGUAAGACUAUGGCCAAGCUCGUGCCCAUGCUCAUGGAGUACGAGCCCGAGUCGGUGCGUGUGGCCAGUCUACUGGAGAAGCGCAACCCGGAGAGCUGCGGUUUCCAAGCCGACUUUGUGGGCUUCAACGUCCCCGACAAGUUCGUGAUCGGAUACUGUCUCGACUACAACGAGAUCUUCCGUGAUCUAGACCACAUCUGCAUCAUUAACGAAGCCGGUAUCGCCAAGUAUGCCUCCAUCUCCUAGACAGAAAUGACGUGACCUAUAUACACGUGCUGAGGACUAGAACAAGCUCAGCUGGUGCUGUGAAGCUGCUUUUUCUAUAUAUUUUCAGUGUCAAUUGCACGUCUGUAGCUGCAGAGCUGUGUCGAAAGUCUACUUGCUCUGGAACUGCUCGGGUGUCAUGGUUCGGAUGGUCAGGCCGUGCAUACUCUUGAUCUCCUCCUUGAGAAUCUACAGCCACAACGUUUCAGCUUCUUCCACUGUAAUACACUGUAGUUCUUACUGU